UGGGCACGAGGUAACGGCGAUGGCGCUGAGCAGAGUCCGUCUGUUCGCGUCCCACGGGGAGGGCACCCGGCUGCUGCCCCAGGCAUCCAGGCUGGUGGAGCUGCCCUACUCCUCCUUUGAUGAUGAUGAUGAGGAUGAGGAUGACAACAUGGCCGAGCAGGACCCCGGGGUGUGGUACCCCGAGCCCCCCAAACUGAGCCCCUUCAGCCACUGUGUGCGCUACCUGGCCUUCUUCUGGAACCUCCUCUUCCUCCUGCUGGGGCUGCUGACCCUUGCUGUGGGGGUCUGGGGGCUGCUGGCCAAGAGCCCCCUGCCCGGGGGGGUACCCCUGAGCUCGGACCCCAUGCUGCUCUUUGUGCUGGCGGGGCUGGGGGCCAGCACCGUGUCCCUGGCCGGUUGCCUGGGCGCCUUCCGAGCCAACCCCUGCCUGCUGCGCUUCUUCCUGGGUGCAGUGCUGGCUUUUGGGGGGCUGGAGGUGCUGGGGGGGCUCCUGCUGCUGCUGGCGCGGCGGCGGCUGCGGGACGCGCUGCAGGACCUGCUGCUGCUCUGCCUGCUGCGCUACCAGGACGAUCCCGACCUGCAGUUCCUGGUGGAUGAGGUGCAGCGGAGCCUCCAGUGCUGCGGCCUCGAGUCCUACCGCGACUGGGAGAGCAACCCGUACUUCAACUGCAGCGCCCCAGGUGUGCAGGCGUGCGGCGUCCCGGCCUCCUGCUGCCAGGACCCGCUGGAGAACGGCUCUGUGCCCAACAUCCAGUGUGGAUUCGGGGUGCUGGGGCUGGGGGCAGCGGCGGCUGGGGCCAUGGUGCACACAGGGGGCUGCGGGGCUGCGCUGGGCGCGUGGCUGCGGGGCCAGGCUGGGGCCAUCGCCACUGGUGCCGCCGUCCUGCUGCUGCUGGAGGCUGUGGGAGCACUCAUGGCACUGAGGGUGCUCAGGGAUAUCACGGCUGUGAGGGUGUGGGAGUGA